AUGUCCCCAGCGGACGGCCUGGUGCAGCGUGAUGCUGGCCAAGGACCACUUCCGAGUCUGGAAAGGACGCUGACAGGCAACACUGGGGCAAAGCCGGAAACUGAAGCAGAGCUUCAAGAUUUGGUCAACCAGCUCUUCUUUCUGGCAGACGUCGACGGCAGUGGAACGAUUCAGUUCAAAGAGUUCCUGGACCAUCACGGCCGGGUGCAUGAAAUCGCUGCAGAAUCCUUGGGACGUGCCGAGGUCUUGUCGAGCGAGGAGGCACAGAGGCUCUUCCGUCAAGCGGACCGAGACCACAACCACCGGCUCGAUCGAGAGGAGUUCUUCGACUACAUGCACGGGCUUCUUAAUGUGAUUGGCAUCAAGCAGUUCAAGAGCGUGUGCGAAGUUCUCGUAAAAGAAGAGAACCUUCGUCGAGCGCUUAUGACCGAAGGAUUCGACCGGAAAUCUUCAGAACGGCUGCUUGAGCAGGCCACAGUCGCCAACUUUUACAAGGAACCGAUGAAGGAGGCGGCGCUCGCCCUCCUUCGAAGCCGGGCUGAUCCGAAUAUUGCUGACAAAAGCGGGACGACUGCACUGCUGCAUAUGUGCGGAAAGAUGGAGGCCAGCUUCGCCAAGCAACUUCUCGUUGCUCGCUGUGACCCGCUGCGCCACAACAAGGACUUUGAUUGUCCCAUCUUCCGCGCAGCACGUGCGCGACACAUGGGUGUGCUGAAUGUCUUCUUGCAGCCCGACUGGAGCCCCCCAGUGGAGGGUGUUGCCUUCGAGGAGAACUCCCCAGAAGCGAGGCAGCAACUCGGGGAGGAUUUGGUGAAGCAGAUGCACCAGUGGUCUGGUACUCAAGUCAAGCAGAUGAUUGCGAAACGUGCUGACCUGAACUACAAGGCGCUGAAUGGUUGGACUCCUUUGACGAUGGCGGUUUUCUAUGAUCGGAAGGAGUGUGUCGAGGCCCUCAUUCGCAUUCAGGAUCCUCUGAGAGGCCUGAAGCUACAGAUGCAGGGCAGGAAUGCGCGAGGGCGAGCGGCGCUUCAUGUGGCAGCCCGGAAGGACCUCCCAGAGAUAGCCAAGCUCUUGAUCAGCAACGGCGCCGAUCCUGACGUCAAGGACGUUGAUGGAUGGACUCCCCUGCACCAUGCCUGUUUCAAUGGAAAUUCGGGCAUGGUGAAG